AUGAACCAAAAGAAAAAGAAAAAAGCGAAACCCCCCAUAAACCUAGCCACGCUGGAAGACAAAAUAAACAUCCUGAAUUUUAUGAAGGAUGACUUUGAAAAAAUUCUCGACAAGGAAAAUGAAAUUCAUGAUAUAGUCACCAAGCAGCACAACAACAAGGAGGAAAACACCUUAAAUGAAAAGGAAAAAAUAGACAUCAUUUUGAGUGAACUUGUUGUAUCCUGUGAGGAAAAAAAAAAUCAGUUAAAUAAGUAUAUAAAAACUGCCAGCGAAAUUAUCAACCAAAAUAAUGACAUAAUUGAGAAGGAAAAGGAAGAAAUUGAAAAUUUAAUUUGUGAAAAAAAUCAAGAAAUAAAUUCUAUGCAAGAAAAAAUUGACUUGGCAAAACGCUUCUAUGACGAUGUAAAUAACGCAGUGGUGCAACUUUUUAACAACUUGGAUUUGUUUUUAAAAAAUAAAAUAAACGUAGAAUUAAAUAUAGACCAUAUGGAGAAAAUUUCAAAGGCGGAAAAAAAAAUGGGCAAUAAGCCCAAGCAGGAGGAUACACAACAGUGGGACGAACAAGUAAAAAGGCAGAACGAAGGGGAGGACAAAUUUUUACAACAAUUAUAUCACUCCAUGGAUGAAUAUGAAAAAAAAAUGAGCAUCAUUAAAUCCUUUAUGAAGGAAAAUGAAUUAGAUCACCUCACAAAAAUGUUAUUAACUGAAAAGAGAAGUGAUGCUGGGGUACCUGCACAACUUCCGCACAUACCACAAAUUGAUGAGAACAAUAUAAACGGGGAAGAUCCAAGUGGCAGCGGAGAUCCCCACUCCACGGAGAGCAAACAAGUGAAGUACGAAGACACCAACAUGAGUGAAACGGGACAGAGUGAAUUAGCAGACGAUGCGAGUGACGAGGUUGUUAGUGGGGAAGGGGAAAUGGAAGAGGAAGAAGAAAGCGAAAAUUCAGAUGAUAUGGAUGACGAUGACGAAGAUGAUGACGAUGAAGAGGAAGAUGAGGAGAGUUUAGAUGAUGAUACAGAUGCGGAGGAGGAUGAGAGCUUGGAUGAUAAUACGGAGGAGCAAGAUGAAGAGGAUGACGUGGAAGACGGAGUGAACGAUGACAACGAAGGGGGGAGCAACGCAGAUGACACAAGCACGGAAAACACGCAGAGAAAAAAAUUCAACACUCCUGCGGAAAGUGAAGACAACUUCAGCGGCUCGCAACAGGGCGAACGUGAGGUGCGGGAAGGAACACCAUAUGGCCAUACAGAUAAAAAAACGUCCGGCAAAAUAAAAAUACUGAACGAUGCAGAAACAACCAUAAAGAGUUUCUCCUCAGAUGUGUAUAAAAAAAUAUUAAGCGACAAUAUGAACGCCCUCAUGGACAAAAUAAAAAAAAUCGAUUACGACUACGUGUCUUACUUUGAAGAAAAAUUAAAAAGUUAA